AUGUCCAUGUCCAUAAUCUCCUUAGACGCCGUCAAGGACCAUCUGCCCAACGACGCACCCGCAGAGUACCUGAAGCCCAUGUCGGCUGAGGGCUACACUCCCUCGCACACUGGCUUCCACGUCGUCUUUUCGUCCGCCGCCAACGGCAGUGAGAGCUUCAGCUCCAAGCUGGUUGCUGACCGGGCCUUUGCUCCCGGAGAGCGCCUCGCCCUACUGGACAACAAGUCUCUCGCGCCAGUCAAAGCCUACUCGUCCGUCCAGUUCGGUAACGGACCUGACGACCACCUCGAACUCAACUCGGAUAUUCUUUUCAAGAUGUACCUGUACCCCGGGGCGCCGGGGCGGUGGGAAGUCGUAGCUGGUCCGCGUGGUCUGAGCGCCGGACAGGACAUUACGUUCUUCUACCCCUCGACCGAGUGGGAUAUGGCGCAGGGCUUUGACUGCUCGUGUGGAGCCAAGACAUGCCUCGGACAUGUCUACGGUGCCGCCCACCUGACGCUCGAGGAACUCGAGGCCCGCGGUCUCGUCAACGAGCACAUCCGCGCCGCCAAGGCCGCACAGGCAGCGACCAUCCGCGCCAACAAGGCCAAGGCCGCGAGUGUCGCCAACGGUGUCAAUGGUGUGGUCAAUGUCAACGGCGCGGCGAACGGUGUGCACUAG